GAUUUCGUUCAAGGACUUUCGAUAUUGUCGCGCGGCUCUGUAGAGGAGAAACUGCGUUGGACAUUCUCGUUGUACGACAUCAACGGCGAUGGCUUCAUAACGCGGGAGGAAAUGACUGAUAUUGUGACUGCCAUUUACGAGCUGAUGGGACGCCUGCCGGACGAGUGUCCCGCGGAGGAGAAAAUCAAAUGCAAAGUCGACCACAUAUUUCAGAAAAUGGACAAAAAUGGCGAUGGUGUGGUGACACUGGACGAAUUUCUGGAAACGUGUCGAAGUGACGAAGCCAUAUCGAGAUCAAUGUCGGUCUUUGACUCAGCGUUCUGACCAUAUCCGCUGCGCA